AUGUCAAUUGAUUACGCCAAAAGACGUGAGACCCAGUUAUUCAGUGCAACAGGUAAUCGUAUAGUGAGCGGUUGUGUCUGUGUGAAUGAAGCUGGAGAUAGUGUACUCCUGAUUGGCUCGUCCCGUCACAACAACGACAGAUGGGUAUUACCAAAGGGAGGUGUUGACAUUGCUGAGGAUGAUGACGGUGACUAUGUGAAAACUGCGAUCAGGGAAACGUGGGAAGAAGCUGGUGCUACAGGAACCAUUGUUAGAAAGUUGGAAGUGAUUCCAGAUCAGAGAUCACCGGCUGAAUGGGCAAAAGGUUCCAUGAAGGACACUAAUGGCAUCUUGAUGAACCCACCGAAAUCGGAAUUUCACUUCUACGAGAUGAAGGUCGAGAAGCUACAUGAUGAAUUCCCAGAAAGUGCAACCAGGAGAAGAAAGUGGUUCACGCUUCAAGAUGCAGUUAGAAGUUUACUAUGGAAUCAGAGACCGGAACUCGCAAAGGCAGUUCAGCAGGUGAUGCUGAAUAGUCGUGCUUGAGCAAAGAGGGGGCAACAGUCUUAUCUGCCACCUGGGAACCCACUCAACAAUUCAAUCCAAAUUUCCAACCCGCGAUUUAUAACAAUGAUAUAAUAUGUGAUACUUUAUUUCUGAAGACUUUCAUGGCGCUUGAAGCGUAGACAACAUCCAAGAAUAGAGCUUAAAAAGCCCAACACCAUGUUCCCAUGUAAGAUCAAUAUACGGAAAGCUGGAAUCUCCCCUGAGUGUCUAGGAAUUAAUGGAGAAUUUCCCAUUUUCCCAUUUCAAAGUUGUUUAGGAAGAGCAACAGCUUGCACCAUCUGCAACGUCAACCACUGUUUUAAUGCAGUUAGAUGAAGAGCUCUAAUAAAGUGGGCUUUUAGCAAGCUGCACACCCGUAAAUUUAAGGGCAGAAAUUCUCGUUUAAAGUUCUGUCAAAUAUGCACACUGAGAAAUUGCCGCUGCGACGCCGGACCUUUGUUUUGUCCUUCAUUGUGUC